GAACGGCCAGGCGCUGCCGGGUCGCCUAGCAACGGCGCCACGCAGAGCCAUGCAGGCCCGCGGCAACAGAGAGCAGGAGGCCAGGGAUUAUUUGGAAAAACAUCGGAUUAUGGAGUUGCUGAACUAUCUCACCAGCACCUUGCUCUUUUUCCGGCCAGAAAAACCAAGAGAGUAUUUAAUAUCUGUAUUGGAACAACUGAGAAUUGCCAAAAUGACAGGCUUGGCUUUUCCUUUCUUUAUGGAUCAUUCUAACAUUGUGUCUAUGUUUGAAAUGAUGGACACUUCGAAUAAAGGCACCAUAUCGUUCGUGCAAUACAGAGAAGCCUUAAAAACCCUGGGUCUGUUGACUGCAGAUGAAGUUUUAAAAGAUGAUGGACAUGCAGUAACUCUGGAUAAAUUCAGACGUGAAGUGGCCCCUAGGGCUGUGAAAAGAGGAAUCAACAUCCUGUAAAGCUUGAUGCCAUCAACAGUCAUUGUUAAGUUCUGAGCUUACUGUUUGAAGUAAUUUUCUGGCCUCUUGCAAUAGCGGGAGAACAGGGGGAACAGGUUCCGAGUCAUAUCAAACUGGAGCUGAGCUGCCCCUCCCUCGUUGAAAUGAUUGGCAAGAACAAUCUGAAACAAAGAGCAGUUUGUGUCACACGUGCCUUUGCCAUCAGGGCCCCGGAACGCCGCCCGCUCUUGCUUACUUCUUGGUAGAUGUACACAUCCAGCUUCUCCACAAGCACCUGCCAGAAGACUGUGAACAAGGAGAAGCAAAGCUGCUCCUCCAGCUGGAGUAAGCGGUCUCUCACGGUGAGCAGCAGCGGGCAGGCCGAGCUGGACAGGGACAUCACCGCCUGCUCCGACUGCGACGGCAGCGACAGCCACCUGCGAGGGACCAAGACCGCACCGCCUGCAGCGCGUUACAUUUUACUACGGAAUCUUCAAAACCUUGUACUUUGAGAGAUGUGACCAAUCAUUUUACAUGUGGGGAAGUGCACUGUCCUGGGGCAUCUUGGUUGGAUAAGAGCAAAAUGUACAGCCCAACAUUAAAAGCCGUCUCAGAAAAUAAAUAUAACUAUAUUGAUACACUGAUUCUCCAUUAAAUACUCCCUUAUUUAAUGAGGAUGACACAUCAUUUCCUUAAUGUGACUUACUGAAAUAAUUACAAAGUGGUUAAAAUGUAACAUGUAUUAGCA